UUCGUGUGUCGAGUGAGAGUUUGCCCACAGUGAAGCUCGCCCUCCCGUGUUUUUUAGCUUUCGCGGGUCGCAUGUCUAAGCUAGAGAGGUGUGAAGCGGUGUUUGUUACUAAUUCACCGCGCAAUGCGAACGUAUCAAUACGAGCCUUUGGGCGCCAACGCCGAAAGGGGAUUCAGACUCGUAAAUCUACUCCCUGGGCAGUUUAAGGACGAAAUUCGUGUUGAAAUUUUGCGUACAGAGUCGCCCCCUGGACAUUCGGUUCAGAAUGAUUUGAGCUACGAGGCGUUGUCGUACGUCUGGGGUCCAGAAGAGAAUUCAUCGAUCAUUGCCGUUCGAGAUGCUUCGUUGAGACUCUAUGGAAGGGAAUCGAGUUCCAUCCUUGACGACACCACAUUGAAGCCAUCAUACAUUUCCGAAGCAAAUUCUCGGACUCUGUCUAUCAGACAAAACUUGGUUGUUGCCCUACGGCAUCUACGAAAGUCUUCCGAGGGCAGAAUCUUGUGGAUAGAUGCAAUUUGCAUCAACCAGGAAGAUGUGGAAGAACGGAACAGAGAAGUUGGCCGGAUGGGCCAGAUAUACGGCAAGGCUACUCGAGCCUUGAUUUGGCUUGGUCCCGAGGGCGAGAACAGCUCUCUGGCUAUACGGUCUCUGCGGCUUUUCGCCGAAGAUUUGACUAAUGAAUUCGUCAUGGAUUAUUCGGGUAGCAGAUACCGAGCACCAGGUUCGAGAACUGAGCUACUUCUUGCAUCCCCGAUUCCAUGGUAUGACGAAGAAGGACCCUGGCUGGCGAUUCGAAGGUUGUUUCACCGCAAGUGGUUUACUCGCCUUUGGGUAUAUCAGGAGUGCCGCCUGGCUGCUGACGUACUUGUGAUUGUGGGCUUCGAUACGUUGCCACUGCUGGAAUUCGUUCGAGCUGGGAUGUGGUUCGCUGAAGCCUGUUUGGAAACGCAAGAUUUUUUGGGGGCACAAAGGCUUGCUGCUUCGCUGAACAUCAUCCGGCCAAGACCGGCUGCCGGUGGAAUGGACGUGAUCAGUAGAACAAGAGGAUGUGACUGCGAAGAUCCAAGAGACCGAAUAUAUGCAAUCAUGGAACUGUUUCCAAAACACAUCAAACACAACCUACAUCCCGAUUACAGGUUGCCAGUCGAAGUUGUCUACAAGGACUUCUUUCUUGCAUACCUGAAUAAUUCUGGAGUAAUGAACUUCAUUGGGUUACCAUUGAUCAGCAAUCGUUCGACUCAUUCCUCUGAAUCAAUUCCAUCCUGGAUACCAAACUUGGCAUGCCCUGUUCGUCGCUUACAGUUUGGCCUGGCUUGUGGAAAGUCUGAGCAUACGGUUGUUCAUUCAAGCACGAACGACAGCCUUCGAGGGCAUGGGACCCAAAUUGCUAAGCUUUCUAGCGUCGGGGGUACUCUUCCUCUUGGUGCCACCAAUAGAGAAAUACUCGCAUACUGCGCUGCUCACCAACCCCGAGACUUGUUUAAAGGAACAUACGUAGAUGGCCGAAUGCUGCUCGAAGUAUUUGCGGAAACAUUAGUCUCCGGAUCGAGAGACAAGCUUUUCGGUAUAGAUUUUCCCUCAUCGGAGCAAUUAUGUGACGAAUAUUUGCAGUUUUCGACAACUGGAAAGCAGCCUUCGCCAUUCUUCCUCUAUCAAAUGAGAACAUACCUACCAGGAAGGGCGUUCUUCAAUGCUCACGGUGGCUACUUCGGAACGUGCCCUCCUACAGCUGCCCCAGGGGACAUUGUCUGCGUGGUCCUUGGCUUCCAAUUUCCCAUAGUUCUUCACCCGAUCGCAGAAGAGCCAGGCUGCUUUGAACUACGCGGAGAAUGUUAUGUACCUGGCUUAAUGGAAGGCCAAGGUCUGUUAGGGCCAAUCACACAGGGAUGGAGGUUAUUUAAGUUAUUGAGGCCCAGACCCUGGGGAUAUCUUUUCACAAAUGGCCAAAUUCAAACCCAGAAUGAUCCGCGAUUGCCUGCUCUGCCUCCGAAUUGGCGAGUGAGCUUUCAGUUUGGAGACAUUCUUCAAGAUAAUGAAUAUGAUUCUGAUGGAAACGUUGGGGAGACAAGAUUUGUCAACGAGAAAGAAGGAAAGGUGCAGUGGCAUGACCCAAGGUUGACACCGGAGUUGUUGAAAGCACGAGGAGUCAAAAUUGAGCAGCUGUCCAUCAAAUAGCAGGAUCAUAUUCUAUGAGGACAUGCAGAACAUUCCUGUUACAAAUUUCUUAGAAUCUUCAAGAUCAGCUUUACUUCCAAAGCGGUCCCCUUCAGCAGGCUUCGAUUUAUCUUGUAGGCAGUUAAUUUAUGAAAACGAGUAUGGGGCGAAGAGCUGUAACAUGAAUAAAGAGAAUGGCAUACCCGCG